CAAUUUCACAAAAACCAAACCGAAUAAUUAAAUAUUAAUUAGCAAAUAUGCAAGAAGCAAAUUACAGCAGUAGUACCGCCAUGGGUUCUAAGCUGAAGUACUCAUCGGAAGCUCAAGGGCUAAGAGACAAGAAAGUCAAGGAUUUGAUGGUUGACAAUAAGAGGAGGCUAGUUGAGGUGCCUUACACGGCUUCACUGGCUCACACCAUGAGCGCACUUGUAGCCAAUAAGGUGGUGGCUGUCCCUGUGGCGGCGCCGCCUGGCCACUGGAUCGGAGCCGGCGGCUCGAUGAUAUUGGAAGCCGACAAGCAAACUGGUGCUGUGAGGAAACAUUACAUUGGGAUGGUGACUAUGCUUGAUAUCUUAGCUCAUAUUGCUGAUGCUGAUAAUGAUGAUGAUGAUGUUGAAAUGAUGAUCAACGGUGGUGAUCAUCACUCCGAUUGUUAUAAUAAUAAGCUUGAUAAGAAAAUGUCUGUGGAGGUCUCAUCUAUCAUUGGACAUUGUCUUGAGGGGCUCAGUCUCUGGACGUUAAACCCAAACACCAGCAUACUUGACUGUAUGGAAGUAUUCAGUAAAGGAAUCCACCGAGCAAUGGUACCACAAGACAGCCAAAUGAACAACAUAUCAGGUGUAGAGCUUGUAGAGUCAGCCUCAUCCUACAAAAUGCUCACUCAAAUGGACCUCUUAGUCUUUUUGAAACAACACGACUUCGAACUCAACACAAUCACAUCAAAAUCAAUCACUGAAUUGGGUGCAAUAACUGACACUAUUUUUGCAAUAUCUGAUCGUACCAAAGUUAUUGAUGCCAUCAAGUCUAUGCGUAUGGGUUUACUCAAUGCUGUUCCCAUAAUUCAAUCCCAAGAUACCCUUGAAGAAGAUCCCAAACAACUAAUAAAUGGGAGAGGUAGAAAGAUUAUAGGGACAUUUUCGGCAACUGAUUUAAGGGGGUGUCACUUGUCUUCAAUGCAAACAUGGUUGCCACUAACUGCUCUAGAAUUCACAGAGGCAAUCUCCACAAGCCCUUUGUUUCAGUCGAAUAAUUCAGCAGAGCCCCCAAAAAGGGAAAUUGUGGCUUGUGGGAUUGAAUCCACUCUUGCCCAAGUUAUCGAAAAGGCGGUAACUAACUAUGUUCACCGAGUUUGGGUGGUUGAUUCCAAUGGUUUACUUCGUGGCCUUGUUUCUCUUACUGAUAUGAUCAGGGUGUUGAGGCUCUCCCUCCUAUCCUAGUUUAGACUUGUUUUGUUCAAUUAAGGUUUUUUUUUUAUGCAAGUUUGUUCGAUGAAGUUAAAAAAGGAUUAAUAGUUCAAAUAUUGUGCUCAUAACUCUUUUGUUCAGUAUAAGACAGGGUUGUACCAAUAACUAGUUUAUUGGCUUUUGGGAUUUGAUUAUGAGAGACAAAAAAUGGUUGAAUAGAA